AGAAAUGUCCAGUCGCGCUUGCCGUAGCGGAGCAGUUUGAAACGGGUUCCUGUGUUAGCGUGAAGGAGAGUGAAGUUUCUGUUCUGAAGUUUUUUUAACCUGCAGUUUUACUCCAGAAUGAACGUUCAGCCCUCAAACCCCAACAACCCCAUCGUCUUCUUCGACGUGACGAUCGGAGGGCAGGAAGUUGGAAGAAUGAAGGUCGAGCUGUUUGCCGAUGUUGUUCCGAAGACUGCAGAGAACUUCAGGCAGUUCUGCACAGGGGAGUUCAGGAAAGAUGGUGUUCCUAUUGGAUACAAAGGAUGCACAUUUCACAGGGUGAUUAAGGACUUCAUGAUUCAAGGAGGAGAUUUUGUAAAUGGAGAUGGCACAGGGAUUUGCAGUAUCUACAGGGGUCCGUUUGCAGAUGAGAACUUCAAAAUGAAGCAUUCUGCCCCAGGCUUGCUUUCUAUGGCAAACAGUGGUCCAGGAACAAAUGGCUGCCAGUUUUUCAUCACCUGUACAAAGUGUGACUGGUUAGAUGGAAAGCAUGUAGUAUUUGGGAAAGUGGUCGAUGGUUUACUUGUCAUGAGAAAAAUUGAGAAUGUGCCCACAGGACCCAACAACAAGCCAAAACUACCCAUCGUUAUCGCUCAGUGUGGAGAGAUGUGAUCUUUUUUUUUUUCUCUUCUUUUUUAAUCAUUAUUGUUAUUACUGUAUCUACAUGUCUGUUUACAUUUGAUUUUUUUUCACAAAUACAAAGACGUUUGAUUUCA